AAAAGAUACUUUCCCUUAAUUAUAGAGCAUCCUAUAAUGUGUCAUUUAACUAUUUAUCAAAAACCUGCAAGUUAGGAAGUUUUCAUUUUUAUUUUCUUUGUCUUCAUUACUUCUUCAUCUCUCGAUCAUCGACAAUCUGUAAGAGAAACCAAACUCUCUUCUCCUUCUACGAAUCAUCUUUUGUUGUCAUCUUCCAAACGCCGUUAUUUCUGUUUUUGUUUCACUUUUUCUACCUCAAUUUUGUUUUUGGUUAUCCCUCUAUCUCUAUCGAUCACUUAUAUGGGCAGAUCAAACUCCAUGGUCUCGCUUUUGUUGAUGGUCUUUCUUGAGAUCCUUGUUAGAGCUCAGAUAGCAACAACAGAGAUGACAACAGAGUUCAUUUUCCAUGGUUUCAAAGGAAACCAAUCCGAAAUUCAGAUGCAAGGAGAUUCAACCAUCACACCCAACGGACUAUUGAGGCUCACAGAUCGAAACUCGGACGUUGUUGGUACAGCUUUCUACCAUAAACCUGUGAGAUUGCUUGACAGUAACUCCACCAAUACGACGGUUCGUUCCUUUAGCACUUCUUUCGUCUUCGUCAUCCCUUCAAGCUCAACAAGCAACGGAGGUUUCGGCUUCACAUUCACAAUCUCUCCAACCCCAAACCGUACAGACGCGGAUCCCAAGCAGUUCUUGGGGCUUCUCAACGAAAGAAACGACGGGAAUUUGAGCAAUCACGUUUUUGCUGUGGAAUUCGACACGGUACAAGGAUUCAAAGACGGUACAAAUCGAAUAGGCAACCACAUUGGUCUAAAUUUCAACAGUCUCUCUUCAGAUGUCCAAGAACCGGUGGCUUAUUACAACAACAACGAUAGUCAGAAAGAGGAAUUCCAACUGGUGAGCGGCGAGCCAAUCCAAGUCUUCUUGGAUUAUCACGGACCAACCAAAAUGCUUAACCUCACCGUUUACCCAACCAGACUGGGAUAUAAACCAAGAAUCCCCUUGAUCUCACGAGUGGUUCCAAAACUGUCAGAUAUUGUGGUAGACGAAAUGUUCGUCGGAUUCACGGCAGCGACUGGGAGACACGGACAAGCGAGUGCUCAUUAUGUGAUGGGUUGGAGUUUCGCAAGCGGCGGAGAACAUCCACUUGCAGCUAUGCUCAACAUCUCGGAGCUUCCUCCCCCGCCUCCAAAUAAGGAGAAGAAGAGAGGCUACAAUGGUAAGGUCAUCGCUCUGAUCGUGGCUUUAUCGACUGUUAUAUCGAUCAUGUUGGUGUUGUUGUUCCUCUUCAUGGUGUACAAAAAGCGAAUGCAGCAAGAAGAGAUUCUAGAAGAUUGGGAAAUCGAUCAUCCUCACAGAUUUCGAUACAGAGACCUCUAUGCUGCUACUGAUGGAUUCAAGGAGAAUCGAAUUGUCGGAACCGGAGGAUUCGGAGUUGUUUACAGAGGAAACAUCUCAUCAUCUUCCUCUGAACAAAUCGCAGUGAAGAAGAUAACUCCGAAUAGCAUGCAAGGUGUUCGAGAAUUCGUCGCAGAGAUAGAGAGUUUGGGACGAUUAAGGCACAAGAAUCUGGUGAACCUCCAAGGAUGGUGUAAACACAGAAACGAUCUCUUGUUGAUUUACGAUUAUAUACCCAACGGAAGCUUAGACUCGCUGCUCUACAGUAAACCGAGAAGAAGCGGCGCGGUUUUGGCCUGGAACGCGCGUUUUCAGAUCGCCAAAGGAAUCGCGUCUGGUUUGUUGUAUCUACACGAGGAAUGGGAAAAGAUUGUGAUUCACAGAGAUGUGAAACCUAGCAACGUUUUGAUUGACGACGAUAUGAACCCUAGAUUGGGAGAUUUCGGGCUAGCGAGGCUUUACGAACGCGGAUCUCAAUCACGAACCACCGUAGUCGUGGGCACGAUUGGGUAUAUGGCGCCGGAGCUAGCCCGCAACGGAAACUCCUCAUCCGCUUCCGACGUUUUCGCGUUUGGCGUUUUGCUGUUAGAAAUCGUCUCCGGGAGAAAACCGACGGACUCUGGGACCUUCUUUAUAGCCGAUUGGGUUAUGGAGCUACAAGCGAGCGGUGAGAUCCUCAGCACGAUCGAUCCGAGACUCGGAUCUGGUUACGACGAAGGAGAGGCAAGGCUUGCUCUUGCCGUCGGUUUGCUGUGCCACCAUAAACCGGAAUCUCGGCCGCCGAUGAGAAUGGUGCUUAGGUACCUGAACAGAGACGAGGAUGUCCCCGUGAUUGAAGACAACUGGGGAUAUUCAGAUUCUUCAAGAACCGAUUUAGGAUCGAAAAUCGUCGGAUAUAUUUCGUCGGACAGGGCAUCGAGCUCACACUCACACACAUCUUCGUCUCUCACCAGAAUUUCUUCUACUUCUUUUAUCAGUGGUAGAUAGAUUGAUUGACACAUUCAAGCUCUCAUUAACUCUCUUUUUUUUUCUCACUAAACUCGUUCAAGUUUGGGCUCGGCCCAUUGGGUUCCUUGUCUCGU